GGGAUCGAGCACGGUGCCAUCUCUUUGCUCUGUCGUUUGAAAGCCUAAGCAAAGGUGAAGGAGGGUGGCCAGUCCUGGUGUCUGAGUGAUUCCCUGGGCCCAGCACAGGGACCAACUUUCCAGAGCCCUGAAGACAAGGGGUAACACCCCAAAAUAUGGACUCAUUUUCCACUCUACCUUCAUUGGUCGAGCAGCUGCCAAGAACAAAGGCUGCAUCUCCCGAUACCUGGCAAACAAAUGCAGUAUUACCUCACGAAUUGAUUGCUUCUCUGAGGUACCUACCAGUGUAUUGGGGGAGAAGCUUCGAGAACAAGUUGAGGUGCGGCUGUCCUUCUAUGAGACUGGAGAGAUUCCACGAAAGAAUCUGGAUGUCAUGAAGGAGGCAAUGGUUCAGGCAGAGGAAGCGGCUGCUGAGAUUACUAGGAAGCUGGAGAAACAGGAGAAGAAACGCUUGAAGAAGGAAAAGAAAAAGCUGGCUGCGAUUGCCCUGGCGUCUUCAGAAAACAGCAGUAGUACCCCGGAGGAAUGUGAGGAGACAAGUGAAAGACCCAAAAAGAAGAAAAAGCAAAAGCCCCAGGAGGCUCCUCAGGAGAACGGAAUGGAAGACCCAUCUGUCUCCUCCAAACCCAAAAAAAAGAAAUCUUUUUCCAGGGAGGAGCUGGUUAGUAGUGAUCUUGAAGAGACAGCUGGCAGUGGAAGUCUUACCAAGAGGAAGAAAUCUUUCCCCAAAGAGGAACCAGAUUGUGACCCUGAAGAGUCAGGAAACAAGAGGGUCCCCAAGAAAAAGAGGAAAUUCUCUUCCAAGGAGGAGCCUCUCAGCAGUGGACCUGAAGAGGCUGCUGCCAGCAAAAGCAGCAGCUCCAAGAAAAAGAAAAAGCUCCGAAAGCUAUCCCAGGAAAAUUAGAAUGGACAUUUCCCUAGUAGGGCAUAACUUACAGAGAUAUUUCCCAAUCCAUCCCCUAUAGCCCAAUAAAAAUAAAAACAAAUUCAAAAAAAAAAAAAAA